AAGGUGGCUGAGGCCCGGCCCACGACAGCUCGCAGGCUCUGGCCCGUGCCCGCGGGGAGGAGCCUGCAGGCCCCGGCUGGCGGGGACGCGCUGCGCGGGCUCCGCGAGUCAUGGCGGACCUCACGGUCUGCGCGUUCCUCACCAAGGUGCUGUGCGCUCAUGGUGGCCGCAUGUUCCUGCAGGACCUGCGCGGCCACGUGGAGCUGUCGGAGGCGAAGCUGCGGGCCGUGCUGCGGCGCGCGGGCCCCGAGCGCUUCCUGCUGCAGGAGGUGGAGCUGCGCGACGGGCCGUGGGAUGCGGAGGCCGAGGUGGCGGUGGGCGCGGGCUCGGGCGGCGACGCCACGGCCUGCAGGGUGGUGGCCGUGUCCUCCGCGCGCCUCUGCGCCCGCUACCAGCGCGGGGAGUGCCAGGCCUGCGACCAGCUGCACUUGUGUCGCCGCCACAUGCUGGGCAAGUGCCCCCACCGCGACUGCUGGUCUACCUGUGCUCUGUCCCAUGAUAUCCACACACCUAUCAACAUCCAAGUCCUGAAAAACCACGGGCUUUUUGGUCUCAACGAAGCACAGCUUCGAACCCUGCUUUUGCAAAAUGACCCUUGCCUUUUCCCAGAGGUCUGUUUACUGUACAACAAAGGUGGUGAUGUCCUGUAUGGUUACUGCAACCUAAAGGAUAAGUGCAACAAGUUUCAUGUGUGCAAAUCCUAUGUCCGGGGUGAAUGCACACUUCAGACCUGCAAGCGGUCCCACCAGCUCAUUCAAGCUGCUACUCUGAAGUUGCUAGAGGACCAAGAGCUGAGUGUUUCAAGUGUCGUGAAUUUCCAGAUAAUCUCUGUCUACAGACAUACGAAGCUGCACAAGAUGCUUGAAGACAAAGACAACUCGGCUUCUGCUGAGAACUCACAAGGCCUUGGAAAGCAAGGAGCCCCCAGGGCCGGGGCUGCAGAAGCCAAGCCUCGGGUCCCUGUACCUACUCAAUCGCCCAGGAAGCCCCAGUAAACCUUAAAGAGCAUGGAGGAAAUGAGAAGCAGCUUGUCUGUCUUGGAGGAUCAAGCAAGACUUCGCCUGAGCUGGAGUUUGUAGCUGUUCUCUCUUUUCCUCACUUCAUAGUGUUGACAACUCACAUACCUACCUCACAGUGUGAGAACCCAGGGUAGAAACAAAAAUACACUUGUGGGUGAGAUUGGACCUGGAGCGGGCAAAGAGAGGGUAAAAUUCUGAGCACAUGAAAUCAGUUCAGGGCAAGUCCUGAAGCUGUAGCCCCUGUCUGCAGUUCCGGAGGCCCUUCCCGGGCUCGGGAUGGAGGGCAGGUUUCUGCUGUCGUUCUGUGUCCAGCUGGUCUUUCCCAGACUCCAUUUACACAGCUUACGUUUGUUGUAGACAUCACAGACUUUGUGCACUCUGUGCAUUAUUUCUUACCUGGGUUUAUACAUAAUCCCUUUUUGCACAGAACUGUAAAUAUAAUUUAAUUGACUCCCUUAUUCUGAAAUAUCUCAAUACUCCUAACAAUGUUUGAAUAUCUCAUUUUGUAUCUGUGCAGUUUUGGGUUUAAAAGCCAUUUCGUACCUUUGCUUGACUUCUUGGUGCUAAACAAUACUUCUUUUAUGUUUCUUUAAUCAUCUGUUUGGAUGAGUGGUCUUCUCUGUCCCUGCUUUCUGUGUGUCUUUCUUGAUUCUGUGAAUUUUCUAUCAUGCAUUUUGUUGCUGGGGCCUCUGUGCUGUCAUUAGUACUGUGUCCAUGACAUUCAAGUUUAUGGUGUAUCUCAGCCAGCUUCACAGUUAAUAAUCUUCAGGCUCUCACCGGAGAGUUCUACCUCAGUCCAUCCACUUCUCCUCUUUCUGUAAGCCUACCAAGCUCAGCUGCUGUAUCUUGAAGGAUGUGCAGCUCACGCCUUCCCCAGUUGUAUCUCUCCCUUGUGUGGAUGGGGACAGGCCGUCAGGAACCUAUAUUAUGCACCUUGCCCAUUUCAUGGUCACUCCCUCGCUCCUGCCCUCCUCCAGCCUCUCUGCUGUCUUCUUCCUGUGAUUUGCAGAUAUUUGGUGUGCUCAUGUUCCCCAAUGUCUCUAUGUAAAGAGAAGGGUUUGCAUUUCUUUCCAUAACACGGCAUUUGAGAAAUAGAAGCAAUUUAGUGAGUUUUCAUAAAGUUACCUUAGAGAAACUUUUAUCAUGAUGCUAAUGAGAAGAGCAGUGUAAAAAUGUCCUUCCAAAUGAAAAAUCAGUUUUCUUUUAAUGGACAGUAAACUUACCAACUUAGGUUUUUGCACUUUGAUUGUCAAUGACAGUAUUUCUGAAAUUGUGUUUUAUAGUCUUUCUUUUUAAACUUCUAGUUGUGACUUUUUUCCUAGCGGUAUUGUGUGUGUGUGCUGGGAUCAAAUCCUGGGACUUGUCCAUGUGAGGCAAAGUCCUCCACCAGCAAGCUACAUCUAAGUCCUGGGGCUAAACUUAAAAAAUAAAAAAAUUAAAAUUAAAAUAGGGCAGUCACAGUGGCUCACACCUUUAAUCCCAGCACUACGAAAGCAGAGGCAGGCAAGGCCACCUGAUCUACACAGUAAAUUCUAGGCUAGCCAGAGCUACAUAGUGAUACCAUGCCUCAAAAAGAAAUUGCACUUAAUUAACUGUUUAUACUCUGUCAUUCUCUUGAAUAUAUUUUGUUGUUAGACAUGUUAAGUCCUUAGUGGGAUGGUAUAGCUCAAUGAAUAUCCCUUACAUCAAUAGAAUGGGUAGACUUUUACAUUAUUGUUUUCUCAUAUAUUAUCACCAUUGUGCUCUUAUAUUUGAUGUUGGUCUAUAAUCAUUGUUGUAACAUUGUAGUCAGGUCUAUAAUAAUCCAUUUUAGUUUUAGUUCUCUUGGAAUUUAGUCUAGAGUUAUCUCUUGUAUGUAUGUGUGAUACUGGGAACGGGCUUAGGGCUCAUGUGUGCUAGACAAGUGCUCUACCAUUGAGCUGUAUUCUCUGCACUAAAGUUAUCUUCUGCAGUUGUUCCUAGACCAAGCCUGGCUGCUCACCCCCACGACAGGCACUGAGAUAAGAAGGUGACUUUAUCCACAAAGGCUUCUUAGGAAGGAAGGAAGGAAGGAAGGAAGGAAGGAAGGAAGGAAGGAAGGAAGGAAGGAAGGAAGGAAGGAUAGGGGCUGUUUCAGAGCCUGUCUGAGGAGCAAAUUUGGGGUCAGUUUAUACAAGUAGAUGGUAGCUGACCUCGGGACUCUCACAGUGGGUGGGCCUGAAAAUGCACAGCUCUUUGAGGUGUUUUUCACUUCUUCGAGUGAAAAACAGAUUUGUAUUUCCUUGGACUUUAUUUUUCAAAUUAGUUCCACAGCACACAGUGAACAGACUCCUGGGAUAGAGCCAUCCCAAGGCCCAAACCUCUGUAAUGAGCAAAACCUUGAUUCUAGGCUCCAUGAUCACACCUCCUUCCUUUGCUCUUAUCAUCUGUCGGGAAUUCCUCAGAGAGUCAUUGUGCUAGCUAUACAGAGGUUUGCCUUGGUAAAGUGGCAAGUUUUGAGGCCCCAGAAAUUCAUUGUGUCCUCACUUGAACUCUUGUUUUCCUUCAGUCUUUCCCCACCUUAUUUUGAGACCAUUAUCCAGUCAUUUGACAUAAGACAACAAAUUAUUAAUUGUCCUGUUCUCUUUUUUCCAUUCCAUGUCAAAUCCGUUACCAAGUGCUAGAAGUACAGUUUCCCCUCAGAAACCUCCUAAAUGUUCAGUAUUCUUUGCCUCUUUUUUUUUAAGAUGCCCAUUACGAUAAUGUAGCCACAUUUAAAUUAUUGAUAUAGUUGGCCUUUCAAGAUUUAUUCUCUCAUUUAUUUUUUGACAUAAUCUCAUGCAGCCCAGGCUAGUCUUAAACUCACUCUGUAGCCCAGGCUGGCCCUUAAACUCCUGAUCCUUUUUCCUCCACCUCCCAAGUGGUGGGACUGUAGGUGAAUCCUACCACAUCUGGCUCUGAAGUGGCUUUUGACUGCUUGCUUUUAAUUCCAUUUCACUUAUUUAGUAUAUGUGUGUAGGCUGACACAUGUGGGGAGGUAUGUGAUGCUGUGAUGUGUAUGUGGAGGCCAGAGGUCGCCUUCCUGUUAUCGGGUCUCUCUGUUCAUCUUUGGGUUCCCGGGAUCAAAUUCAGGUCAUUAGGUUUGGUGGCAAGUUCCCUUACCAUAAAGAUACGGGACCUUGUUUUUAGAUUUAUAGAGAAGGUGGCUUUAGACUUGCAGCGAUCCUGGUGCUUCUCCAGCGCUGGGGUCGCGAGCAUGGGUCACACCUAGCUCUCCUUCUUUUCCCUGCCUUCAUUCCAGCUGCCUGAUCUUUUGGAAGCAAACCUAAUGAUACUGAAGUUUUGUUUUUCCUGCUGAAACCGUCAUCAGCCUCCGUCAUGCAGGAUGAGAACCAUACAUUCAGAUCCACAGGGUGAGGAGUGACAGGCAUAUGGGGACAAGGAAGAAGUACUUGUGGCGAGCUGCCCCGACUGUGAGACUGUGAGGCGCCCUCACUUCUGGUUUCCAUCUAGGGGCGUGGAUCCAGAUACCCAUGUUGUUCAGCUUUUUCAGAAGAAGCCAGAAAUACAGAUAUUUAUAAGACUUUUUUUUCUGAUGAUUAAGUAUUAACUUUUUUGGUUGAGUUUUAAAAAUAAAAGGUUAAGUUAGAGUCUGAAGCUGGGCAGAGCGGUGCACGCCUGUAAUCCCAGCAUUCGGGGAGGCAGAGGCAGGCAGAUCACUGUGAGUUCCUGGUCACAGCCAGCCUGGUCUACAAAGUGAGUCCAGGACAGCCACCGCUACACACAGAGAAACUUUGUCAGGAAAAAACAACAACAACAACAACAAAAACACAAAACAAAGUUAGGACACUUCUUGUCAAAUACUGAAUUACUUUGACAUAGUUGAGUCAGUAUAUGCUGGUUUUCAUUGGUUUUUGGUUUUAUUUUUUUUUUUUUAAUAAGUCAGGCUCUCAUUAUAGCUCUGGCUAGUCUGGAACUCAUUUUGUAGAAUAGGUAGGUCCCAAAUCCACAGAGAUUGGCUGGGAUUAAAGGUGUGCGCCACCACACUCAGCUCAGGUCCUUUAUUAAAAAAAAAAGUUUAAAUUUUUUGUUUGUUUUUCUAAUGAGGAUGCUGUAUAAGGCAAACAACUGAAUCAUCUAGUCUAGAGUCAACUCUUGUUUCUGAAGUGGAGUUUCUCACUAGGAUUAGGAUUCUGUCUCCACCAUUGGUGUGUCCUGACUCUCCUUGGUAUGCUUUUUGUAAAUCUUUAUGCUAAUUCUUUCUUGAUUAUUUUGUGUUUGUAUUGCUACAAACACAUUCAGGAUCUCUCUGAAACACUGUUGGCUUUUAAGAUAUUUAUCUGUGAGUGAACUGUUAGUUUUAAUAGUUGUGGAUAGCCUGUUUGUUUUCUAAAUAUAAAAUCAUAGCCACAAUGCCAUUUGUUAAGUAGCUCUGGCAUUUUAUGUUAAAUAUAAAUAAAAAUAUUUUUUAUAUUUAUUCAUUAAAUGUAGAGUUAUUGUUAGUUUUUAAUGACUUUUCUUUAUUGAAAUAAGAGAAAUACUCUGUUCUUGUUCAUCAGAAGCUGAAAGCUUGAUAAAAUGAAUCAAUCUCUUAAUGUAAUAGUAUUUUAAUCACCACCUUGCAUGUUUGAUUGCAUUAAACAUUUUUAUAAUAUUAAAACUCCUUAAAUUUUGUAAUAUGCUCUUCCUGACUAUGGCAUAUACUCUUUCAAUGUCAUUUUUUUCUAUUUGCUACAUAUCAAUAUAUUCAUAAAUAAAACUCGUUUAUGUCUUAUA